UCACUCUUCUGCAUUGUUAGAUUAUUGUCAAAUUGCUUCUUCAAUUUAUUUUGUCGUUACGGGAUUUGGUUGUCUCUUUAUUUGUUGUUUAUUUAAUUUGAGUAUAGAAAAUAUGUACUCUACAUUCGUUUGAGUUGUUUUCAUAAAAUUAUACCGUCAAACUAAAUAUAUCGCACUCAUUAAACUGUUUUACAAAAAAUAUUACAAAAAUUGCAGCAAUGUCAGACGAUAAAUGUAGAAAAGAUCAAACCCCUGAAACCAUAAAUGCUAAGAGAAGAGCUAGGGAACGGGAGUCAUAUAAACUAAUGUCACCUGAAAAAAAGGAAGCAUGUUUAGCCCGACGACGGGAGUUAUAUAAGUUAAUGGCGCCCGAAAAAAAGGAGGCAUGCUUAGCUCGACGACGAGAGUUAUAUAAGCUAAUGACACUUGAAAGAAAGGAGAGAUGUUUAGCUCGGCAACGAGGAAACAAAGAUGAAAUAAAAAAGCAAUGUCUGCAUGACAAUUCAGUUCUAGCCAAUUCAGUUAAUCCAUCAUCUUUUGAAGUUAGCACUUCUUUCGCAGAGCAGGCUUCGUCUGUUGUAAGACGGUCACUGCUUCUUGGUGAAACAGGAUCGUCGUCAGGCACAAAGCCUACACAUCAUGGUAAAAAGUCAGUGAUCACUACAAAUCAUGGAUCGUCGUCAGGCACAAAGCUUAUACAUCAUGGUAAAAAUCCAGUCAUGACUACAAAUCAAGUUGGUACCUUAAGUAGCGCAGAAGAAAAAACCAGCUAUAUUAGCUUGAAAGAUGUUCCGAAUUGUGAAUUUUGUGGAGCCAAAAAGUUUGAAUAUGAACCGCCUGCAUUUUGUUGUAGUAAUGGUUCGAUUCACUUAAUUUCAUAUCAAAUGCCACAAGAGUUAAGAAAUUUGUAUUUAGGAAACACUGAGGAAUCAAAGGAAUUUCGAUCUUACAUUAGAACAUACAAUAACACAUUCGCUUUCACUUCACUCGGAGUAACUUAUGAUAAAAAUUUAGCAAAACGAACUAAUGGAGUUUAUACCUUCAAAGUCCAAGGACAAAUGUACCAUUUUAUAAAUGAUUUGGUUCCAACUAAUCAAAGGGCUAAGAACUUACAAUUGUAUUUCUUUGACAGUGAAAACGAACUGCAAAAUCGAAUGGCAUGUUCAAACAAGCUUAAUGAAAAAAUUGUGAAAUCUUUGAUGGACAUCUUAAAGUCUUACAAUCCUUACUCUAAAUUUUUGAAAUCUUUAAUAAACAUCUCGCAAUUGUCUAAUUUCUACAUUGCCCUUAGAUGUGAUGCUGGUCUAGAUCAACGAAUCUACAACUUACCAACAGUUUCAGAAGUUGGUGGGAUAUGGGUAGAAAAUGAUAAUAAUAAUUGUGUAUCUGCACCACAUAUUCGCAUAUAUACAGAAAGUAAUAGAAGUCAAAUAGUAAAUUACUAUUAUGGUUGUUAUGAUUCAUUACAAUAUCCAUUACUAUUGCCUUAUGGUCAAAAUGGAUGGCACUGUGGCAUUAAAAAAAUAAAACCUUCAAAUGUGAGACCCAACAACCUAAUGUAUUGUGAACACGAAGAAUUGCCCAAUGUAAAAAAUAUGUGUUCAAUAGAUGGUUUUCUUCAUAUGGAAGCUGAAAACAUGCAAAAAGGAAAACGCAAAAGAAAUACAGUUUCUUGCCGUGAGUAUUAUUGUUACAAACUACAAAUAAGAAAUGAUGAAAAUAUAAUUUUGCAUUCUGGAAGAUUAUUUCAACAAUAUGUAGUAGAUGAAUGGAUUAAAAUUGAAAGCCAGCGAUUAGAUUUCGCUUCGCUUAAUCAAGAUUUAUUUAGAAUAGAUAUGUUAGAAGGACUCUUAGAUAUGCUACGUCAUGGCGAAAGAGAAGCUUCGCAAAUAGGUAGAAAUAGAUAUCUUCCCCACAGCUUUACAGGAGGACCACGAGACAUGCGUCGUCGAUAUAUGGAUGCUAUUGCAUUGGUGCAACGUUUUGGAAAACCUGAUAUAUUUUUGACUAUGACAUGUAAUCCUACAUGGCCUGAAAUAAAAGCUAAUAUCUUACAAACAGAUGAAGUACAAAAUAGACCGGAUUUAGUUAGUCGAAUAUUUCAUGCAAAACUAGAAGAGUUAAAAAAGGACAUCUUAAGAAGAAAUAUAUUUGGUAAAGUUGCGGCAUUUAUGUAUACUGUAGAAUUCCAAAAAAGAGGACUUCCACAUGCUCAUUUUCUCAUCAUAUUAGAUGAAAAAUACAAGUUAUUAACUCCUGAAGCAUACGACAAAUAUGUUUGUGCUGAAUUACCAAAUCCUGAUACCAACCCUGAAUUAUAUGCACUUGUUACAAAACAUAUGAUUCACGGUCCUUGUGGUGCAUUAAAUCCAGCAAGUAUGUGUACUAGAAAGAAAGGGUACUGCAAAUUUAAGUAUCCAAAAGAGUUUGCUGAACAAACAACCAAGGGAAAAAAUUCAUAUCCAAUUUAUAAAAGACGAAAUACCGGAAAGAGUGUACAAAUUAGAGAACAUCUAAUUGAUAAUUCAUGGGUUGUUCCUUAUAAUCCAUAUUUACUUUGUAAAUUUAGCUGUCAUAUAAAUGUAGAGAUUUGUUCAGAUAUAAAAGUUAUUAAAUACAUUUAUAAGUACAUCUGCAAAGGACAUGAUAAAAUUGCGUUUAAUGUACAUUCAAAUGAUACAAAUAUAGAAAUUGAUGAAAUAAAAGAAUAUCAAUCUGCUAGAUGGGUAUCGCCACCAGAAGCUACAUGGCGUAUAUUUGCUUUUCAUAUCAGUGAAAUGAUUCCAAGUGUAUAUCACCUUCAAGUACAUUUAGAAGGACAACAAUUUGUUUCCUUCAAAAGUACUGAUAACAUUACUAAAAUUCUAAAUAAUCCUACGAUCGGAAAAACAAUGUUGACAAAAUUCUUCUUGAUGAAUGCUAAAGAUGAAGAUGCUAAAAACCUUAAUUUACUAUAUCGAGAAUUUCCAGAAUACUUUGUGUGGUCAACAGAUAAAACAUGGUCCCGUCGCAAGCAAGGAAAAGUUAUUGGUCGUGUUGUAACAUGUCAUCCAACAGAAGAAGAAAGAUAUUAUCUUAGACUUCUACUAAUGAAUGUUAGAGGACCAAAAUCUUACGAAGAUUUGCGAACUGUAAAUAGAAUAUUAUACAAUACAUUUCGAGAAUCAGCUGAAAAAAGAGGAUUCUUACUUUGCGAUAACAAUUUGAUAGAAUGUAUGUCUGAAGCUAUAAGCUAUCGAAUGCCAUACAGUCUGAGGCAUUUAUUUGCUACAUUAUUAAUUUAUUGCAAUCCUACUAAUCCAAGAGAAUUGUGGGAAAAAUUUGAGAAACCAUUGUCUGAGGAUUUUUAUAAAUAUACCAACUUAGGCACACGAGAUAUACGUUUUAGAGUAUUAAAUCAUAUUAAUGAUAUUUUACAUUCAAUGGGUCAUGAUAUCAACGAAUUCCAACUUAUACCAGAAAUGAUAAAACCCCCUGAGAUAGAAAAAGAAGCUAAAGAUGUUCAUUUCGAAAGAAGUAUUAAAGGUGCUUUCUUUAUUGAUGACCCCGGUGGAACAGGCAAAAGCUUCUUAUAUCGUGCUUUAUUAGCUAUUGUUAGACAUAGCGGGUUCAUAGCUUUAGCUACAGCAAGCUCAGGUGUUGCAGCUUCACUCCUUCCCGGUGGUCGAACUGCUCACUCACGCUUUAAAAUACCUAUUGACAUUGAAGAAAAUUUUAAUUGUAAUAUAAGCAAACAAAGUUCAUUAGCUUCUUUGGUUCGAGACGCUAAGUUAAUUGUAUGGGAUGAAAUCUCAAUGGCAAAAAAGAAAAUGGUUGAGGCUUUAGAUUUACUUUUAAAAGAUUUAAUGGAGAUAAAUAUACUAUUUGGUGGAAAAGUAGUUGUUUUUAGCGGUGAUUUUAGACAGACCCUUCCCGUUGUACGUAGUGGGAAAAAAGAAGAUUUUAUUCGUGAGAGUUUAUUGUGCUCUGAUAUUUGGAAUCAACUUGAAAAAUUGCAAUUAACAGAAAAUAUGCGUGCAAAAACAGAUCCUGCUUUCUGUGAAUACCUAAUGAGAAUUGGUAAUGGAAGCGAAAAGAAAAAUACUCAAGGAAAAAUUACAAUUCCUCAUUCUUUAAUUAUUCCAUUUACUUCCGAACAAGAAUCCUUGCAACUUUUAUUUAGAGUUACUUAUCCCAACUUACAUGUACAUCAUUCAGAUGCUUCAUUUAUUACUUCUCGCGCUGUUUUAACAACAAAAAAUGACUUUGUUGAUGAAAUUAACAAUAUGUUAAUAACACAAUACCCAACCCCUCCAAAAAUUUAUUUGGCUAUUGAUGAAACAAUUGAUCCAAAAGAUCAAAGCGAAUAUGAAGAUUUCAUGCACAGUUUAAAUCCUAUUGAGAUGGCAGUUAAAUCUACUAUCAAGUCAAUCACUCCAAAAACUGAAGAUUGGAUAUGCAAAAUUCAAGUAGUAGAUAAAUAUCCUCCCAGAGACAAGAAAGAUAAAAGUGGAAAAUACCAACUGAUGCUUUUGCAAGACGAAGAGGAAAAUCAAAUUCAAGCCAUCAAUUGGAAUGUUGAUAUAAUGCAAUUUGACAAGUAUUUCAAACCAUUCCAAACAUACCUGGUGUCAGUUGCACAAGUAAAAGAACUGAAUCCUGCAUAUGCUAAUCCGUUCAACAAAUACAUUUGGACAAUUGACAGAAAUACUAUUGUUGAACCAAUUGAAAAAGUCAUUCCUCCAGAUAAUCCACUACCACCGCCAACACGAUUGGCUAUCACCCCUUUUGAGGCUAUUGAGCAUCAAAUGAAAGAUUUUGAAUUUGAUGUCCUUGGACUACUUAUUAAUGCUGGACUUGCAAGUAACGCAUCAAAUGGGAAGAAAUUUCAGGAAUUCAUCAUUAUGGAUACUCAAAAAAGGCCUAAAAAGCUAACACUUUGGGAGGACUCUGUCGAACAUUAUGGAAAUGAACUUUCAGAGAAAGUGAAACACUAUCCCGUCUUUCUGGCUAGAAGAGUGGUAAAAUCAUCAUCAGGGAUAUGGAGCAGAUACAACACAACAAUACUCUUACAUCCCACAUAUCCACAGGCUACCACAUUAGUUGCAUGGGCCAAAACAAUUCAACGACAACUCAUUGAGUACACAGCUAGAAGCAUGUCCCCCGAAGGCACUCUUCUUUUUGUUCCCUUUGAAGAAGAAUCAAUAUUCAUAUCCGAUAUCCAAAUACAGCCACAGGUACAUUCUGUUUAA